UAUUGGCUGAUGAAGGCCGAACCUGAAACCCGGAUCGAAAAAGGGAAGGACGUUAAAUUUUCUAUCGACGACUUGAAAGACUGCAUCGAACCGGAGCCAUGGACUGGCGUUAGGAACUAUGUCGCCCGCAACAAUAUGCAAAGCAUGAAGAAAGGGGAACUUGCCUUUUUCUACCACUCGAAUAUCAAGGUCCCUGGCAUCGCCGGAAUAUGCAAGAUUGUCGAGGAAGCAACUGUCGAUGACUCCGCAUUCGACCCCGAGGACCCCUACUUCGACCCCAAGUCCAAUCCGGAGAAACCCCGAUGGUUCUGCGUCAAAGUCUCAUUCAUUAGAAAAUUCCCGGCGCUAGUCCCGCUCUCUGUACUGCAAAGCCACGCGAAGGAUGGAGGUCCGCUGGCCAAGAUGGAAGCCGCAGUCCUCAGGAGGGCUCCGAGCGUGAGCAAGGUGUCCGCGGACCAGUGGGAGUUCGUUAUGAGUCUC